GCGGUUAAUCGACGAAAUCGAAUCGAAGCAGAAGAAAGAUUAGUAGGCAGGGCGAUCGGUGGAUGCGGAUGCGGCUCUGGAGGAUUACCGGUCAAAGCGGGCUUGUACGGCUGUCUUAUCAAAUACCAUUUGCUCAUUUCUUCAAAGAAGGCUGUGCGGCUGAGGGUGUGCGCCUGCAUAUGUGCCACGGAACGUCCAAGGUUGGCUGUGCUGCUGGCUGCGUGACCUCCGCGAGUGGGGACACCAAGGCAGCUCGGAAAUCCAGCCUUGUAGGCUUCAUUCCCGACCGCAGCACUCUGACAUUAUUUUCCUGCCUGUGGCAUCGACCGAUGCGGAUCUCAGAUAAAGGUGACCGCGUGGGUUGCAUGUGAAGCGCGAAUUUCGUUAUCUCGCUACGUACUGUACGAACAGCGCAUGACCGAUAUGCCGAAUCAAAGCACUCAGCCUCGCGAAUGGCCUUGGACGUAUCCAAAGUCGAGAGCCCUGUUGAAGGAUGGAAGUGAUGCGGUAAAUAUCCGGAUAACUGAUGUCUCAGAAGGCCAAUACCGAUCCACGCCAUGUACUUCAUCCAAAGAAGCGCAAACCGCACUCGCUGCCAAGCCACAUGACAAGACCAGAAUACGCAUCAUAUCGAUAUAUUCAAGAAGAACAGUGGCCCCAUUGGACAUCACCACAGAUCUGCUAGAGCAGAUCUUCGACAGAUACGCCGUGCAUCAAGACUUUGCAAACGUGGUGUCCUCCUUUGGACAGGAUCCAAACAUAGCGGAGGGAAGCAGUAACAAUGCGACCAUAUACACCAAACAAUCCGGAGACUCCCACCUUUCCUACCAAAUACGCUACGUCGAGGAAAACCAACGGGGCGGCAACAAUCCCUGGUCACUUCGCCAUACGGGCAUAUACCAUCACCACUCCCCAAACGGAGGCCCGGAUGUCUUCAUCCUCCUCCAUCCAGUUCGCGAGCCCGGCCUCGAGACCGUGAUAUCCGCACUCGACGGAGAUGCCACGACACGGAGAGACCUCUGCAGCAAUCCCUUCCUCCUGCACACCUGGCUCUUCGCCUGCUACUUCGACAAGUGGCGCUGGUACUUCCGCUACCUGGGCGAGCGCUUCGCCGAAGAAAACAACCCCGCCAUGGUCGUAAAGCCGCAGCACGCCGAACCAGUCUCCAGCUUCCUCCGCGUCCAGCGGCUACGCAACACGAACGACUUCGUCCUCUUCUCGCGCGCCUGCUGCGCCGGCAACCUCGAUCUACUUACGCGCCUUUCGCAAACGCAGAUCGAGUUGCUCAAAAGCCUAGAUGAGCUCGACGCCCACAAGUCGAAGAUGCAGGGGUACAUCGAGAGCGCGGAUGUGUUGAAGGGGCGGGUGCAGAACCUGAUCGAUCUCGUCGGCUACACCUUGACGCUGCACAACCAGCUCGAAGCCGCGAAGAUCGAUACCGAGCUACGGGACCUAACCGAGGGACUCAAGCUGCUCACCGAAGACACGGUUGAUGACAGCGCCACCGUUAAAAUCAUAACCUUCGUGUCUGCUGUAUAUCUGCCUGGCAGCUUCAUCGCAACACUCUUCGGAAUGAACUUCUUCCUGUUCAACCAGGACUCCAAGCGGCUAGAGAUCUCGCCGGAUUUCUGGAUCUUCAUCGUGUCCUGGAUUCCAUUGAUCCUGGUUACCGCUGCGAUAUACGUUCUCAUUUUGUAUAUGGAUGCGAAGCUGAAGCGGAAGGCGUUCCGGUGGCCGUGGCAGACGAGGCCGAGAAGAAGGGUGUCCACGAUUUCACUCUCUGAGAAGGUUGGGUAGUUUUAUUACUGCUUAAUUCCGAUCACGAAGGAACGGAAAAGGACGGGACUAAUACAAAGAUACGAUAAACGCCAGAUCGGGUAUCACAUUGUUAUAUACGCAUUAGCCUUCCGCAACGCCUUGAUGAAUGAAUAGGCUAUGCCCAGAGCGCGCCGUCAUAG